GAUGUAGUAACUCCAGUGCAAAAAUAAGUAGCCAAUACUUUCCUGUUUGUCAUUCUGACCCCGGCAUGAGGGGGAACUGUGUUUGUUGUACUUUUAAGGAUAAAUCUUUGAAAUACUUUCUCAAACGAGUCCUCCCCUCUCCAUGUGCAUCCCUAAUGGGCGGCUGGUCUCGUAUUGUGGUGCUGGAUCUGUACCGAGCACUGCUCCGUGCAGGGCGCCACCUUCACUACACAGACCGCAACUGCUACCAGCGCGCCGUGGCCGGGGAGUUCCGCCGCUGCCAGGCCCUGACCGUGCCGAGUGACAAGGAGGACGCACUGAAGAAGGGCCAGUUCUUCCUCAGCAGUAGACUGGGGGGGCUAAUGUAGGUGGGGGUCAACCAUCCAACCACACCUUUAGCAAGACGUGCUUGUGUCAGACUACUAACAGUUUUCCCCUUCUAACUCUACAUUCACAAAGGCAGAAUGGCGGGAGUGAACGGUGACCGUAAAGGAAAGAAGGAUGACAACGGGAUGGGCACGGCCGUUGACUUUUUGCUCUCUAAUGCCAAGCUUGUGCUUGGGGUCGGAGGAGCUGCCAUGCUUGGCAUUGCAACACUAGCAGUCAAAAGAAUGUAUGACCGUGCCAUAAGUGCUCCGACCAGCCCUACUAAGAUGGAACCAUCAGGGAAAAGGAGCUGGGAGGAGCCCAGCUGGAUGGGCUCGUCACAACGGGUACUUAACCAUGAUAUGAAGUCAACAGUGAGCAGGUCACUGCAGACUCUACCCACCUCCUCCAACUCCUUUGAACCAGGAUGGCUGAUGGCAGGAUGGCUGUACUUCCUGUAUUACUGCAUGCGGAGGGCGACGGGGCGGGGACGUAGCGCUGCAGGGGAGACCGACCUCCUCCGGGCCAGGAUGCGCCUCUCCUUACAGGAGAAACUGUGGGAGUUCUACCAGGAGCAAGUGGCCAUCCCCGCUGAGGAGCAGGCCACAGCCCGCCGGGCUGCCCUGGACAUCUGCGCUGAGCUGAGGAUCUUCCUGCACGGCAAGCUGCCCGACAUGCCCCUCCGAGAGAUGUACCUCAGCGGCAGUCUCUACGAUGACCUGCAGGUGGUGACAGCGGAUCACGCUCAGCUCAUGGUCCCUCUGACCCUGGAGAAGAACCUGUGGUCGUCAGUGCCCGGUGAGGACACCAUUAUGAAUGUUCCGGGCUUCUGGCUGAUUCGCAGGGAGAACCUGGAAUACUUCCCCCGAGGCAGCAGCUACUGGGACCGCUGCAUGGUAGGAGGCUACCUCUCCCCCAAGUCUGUCCUGGAGGUGUUCGAGAAGCUGGUGGCGGGCUCCAUCAACUGGCCGGCCAUCGGCAGCGUUCUGGACUACGUGAUCCGGCCAGUGGUUCCCUCGGAGACGCUCACCCUGGAGAUCCAGUACAAGACGGACCGCCAUCUUUAUGUGGACUUCCUGCCUUUGCUGGUGAUGGACGACGGCACCUCGCUGAUCGCCAAACCACACAGGCUGGCCGCCGAGCGCCACGAAAACCUUUGGCGGCAGAGCUUCCGCGUGGCGGAGACUGCACGCCUGCGGGCGCUGGACCAGGAGGACGGUGGCUGCCGCUGCGCCUGCCUCAAGGUGACUAAAGCUGUGUGCAAGCUGAACCCCGCCCUGGCGCACCUGUCGGCCAGUCAGCUCACCAGCGCCAUACUGCUGCUCAGCGAGAAGGAGGGCGACUGGACCCAGGAGGCGCUGGCUGACCGCUUCCUGCAGUUGCUCCGCUCGCUAGUGGGACACCUAGAGGCCGGGAGGCUCCCCUGUGCACUGAUCCCCAAGGUCAACCUGUUCUGUGAGCUGACGCCAAUGGAAGUGGAUGAGCUAGGAUAUACCCUCUACUGUUCCCUCUCUGACCCAGAGGGACUCCUAAAGACUCCUCAUUCUGACUGAGUCUGGUCAUGGGUUCUAGGGUUUAGGACAGAUGGUAUAUAAUUCUAACUAAGAUUCCAUACUGCAGAAAAGGAUAUAUGUAAUUCAUAUGUGCUUCACACAUGGACCAUGUCCCCUGUGACCACGUUGCUGUGUGAUUGAUUCAACAUCACGUCUCUGGAGUCACUGUUUCAUCAAUCAAUAUGUUUCUCUUGUACUUUUUUUAUUUGCGUAAUUAUGUUUGUGAUAAAGUAGAAAUGCAAAAUCAACCACUUUUUAGUAUGGGGGUUUAACAACAUUUCUUUGACAUGCAAGCCAUAUCUGCUAAAUUCAAAUGCAGGAUCAUCCAAAUACCAGUUAAACCUCAGAUGAUGAAACCAGUCUCUUCAUAAUGGUGCACGUAAGCCGUUUAUAAAUAGUACUGUUCAGAGGGGUAUACUACAAAGCAUGAUCAAGAGUUAGCCAGCCAACUUGCCUAGAUAUCCUAAAAUUACUUUUAAAAAAUGUAGAAAGAUAGUCUUCAAAUGGGCUUGGUCUAAGUUAAGCUUUCUUAAUGAACCAAAAAAAAUCGACAGUUAUUUCUGGUUGUUUAUCAAAGUUGAACCUGCUUCGUAGUAUACCCCUUGGGUUAGGACUCAGUGUUUGCUGAACUGGGGAUUGCAUCAUUGGCUAAUAUUAUGUUACCAUAAUAUUAUGUAACCAAUUUGGAAUGAAUGGUGUCGGGAAAAAAAUUAUAAUUAAUAAAUAUAAUAUAUAUGGGAAUGGAAAUUGGGGUCUAUUUGAAAGAUAUUUUGUUAGCUCCAUCCUCAGAUUGCAGGUCUUUCAAACGGUGAGAUUAUGAUGGGUAACAUUAGUCUAAUGCUAGUUAAUAACAUGUCUGAACAGGGGCAUGAAAGAUCUCAGUCAAAUGAACAAGCCUCAAUAAUCGGCUCUAGCAUUAUUGGUCUCUACAUACACUACCGGUCAAAAGCUUUAGAACACCUACUCAUUCAAGGGUUUAUCUUUUAUUUUUACUAUUUUCUACGUUUUAGAAUAUUAGUGACGACCUCAAAACUAUGAAAUAGCACAUAUGGAAUCAUGUAGUAACCAAAAAAUUGUUAAACA